UCGCGGCUGCGCAGAAACAAGACACGGCAGGCUACCUGGCAUUAGCUCCAGUUUAACAACACUCUACAGUUCAGUAUAAACCUGCUCUUAACUUGUGUCGCUGCCAUGAAGGACGUGUCGGGGUUCCUGAAGCAGCAGCAGAGCAGCAGCUCGACGCCGGAGACGGCGGCGGAGUGGCAUGCGCUGGAGGAUUUAUACAACAAACGAUUGUGGCAUCAGCUGACGCUGAAGUUGACGGACUUUGUGAAAGAUCCUUGCUUCAAAACCGGAGAUGGCCUCAUACAGCUUUAUGAAAAUUUCAUCAGUGACUUUGAUCACAGAAUUAAUCCUCUGUCGCUGGUCGAGAUCAUACUGUAUGUUGCCAGACAGAUGACAGAUCCUAAAGAUGCCAUCACCUUUCUUGAAAAGACCAAAGAAAAGGUGAAAAGCAGCGACGAAGCCGUCAUUCUCUGCAAGACAACCAUCGGCAGUCUAAAGCUGGAAAUCAACGACCUUCCUGCCACAAAGAAACUCAUCGAAGAGGUCGAGGAGUUGCUGAACAACUUACCGGGGGUGACGUCGGUCCACGGGCGGUUUUAUGACCUCUCUAGCAAAUAUUACCGCAUCAUCGGGAACCACGCCUCCUACUACAAGGACGCGCUGCGCUACCUGGGAUGUGUGGACAUCAAAGACCUUCCAGAAACGGAGAAGCAGGAGAGGGCGUUCACUCUCGGCCUGGCGGGACUCUUGGGAGAAGGAGUUUACAACUUUGGAGAGCUGCUGAUGCAUCCGGUGUUGGAGUCUCUCAGGAACACGGACAAACAGUGGCUCAUCGACACACUCUACGCCUUCAACGGAGGAAAUGUGGAGAAGUUCCAGGGCUUCAAGUCUGCAUGGGGCCAGCAGCCGGACCUGGCAGCACAUGAAGCUAAGCUGAUGCAGAAGAUCCAGCUGCUCUGUGUGAUGGAGAUGACCUUCACUCGUCCUGCAAACCACCGACAGCUGACCUUCACCGAGAUCGCUCAGAGCGCCAAAAUCCCCGUCAACGAGGUGGAGCUGCUGGUGAUGAAGGCUCUGUCCGUGGGCCUGAUUAAAGGGAACAUCGAUGAGGUGGACCAGAAGGUCCAGAUGACCUGGGUUCAGCCCAGGGUCCUGGACCUGCAGCAGAUCAAAGGUAUGAAGGAGCGGCUGGACUUCUGGUGCGGAGACGUGAAAAACAUGGCCAUGCUGGUGGAGCAGCAGGCCCACGACAUCCUCACCUGAGCAGCUGUCCUGCCAGUCCACAGAGAGAAACCUUGUACAUUUCUGUUUUUUGUUUCUUACGUUACUGUCAUCAAUCUCUUCUGUUUUACACAUUCAUGACAUGCUCACAAAAUGGACCGGACUCUAUUAAUAAAAAGAAAAAAGCCCCAUGAA